UUAUGUUAUAAAGGAGGCCAAAAAAAUAAAUAGAUUAGAGCAUCUUUUGGGGGGAGGGAAAUCAGUGGGUCUGAGUCUUGGAGAAAGCUGGGGGGGUUGUUUUGUUUUUUUGUUUUGUUUUGUGUGUGUGUGAGUAUGUGUGUGUGUUGUUUUUAAGAAGAAAAAAAAAUAAAGGGAAGAAAAUCCAGCAGAGAAAAGAAGAGAGAGAGGAAUUCCAGCUGUGGAGGAAUAGAGGAGAAGAAGACAGAUAGAGGAGGAAGAACAGAGAAAUACAUUUCAACCAAGAAGGAAGGAGUUUUGAUUUAUUUUAUUUUUAUUUGUUUUAAGGAAAAAAAAUCUAUAAGCAGGAAAAAGAAAGAAAGAAAAAGAAAAAAAGAAAAGAAAAAGCAACUGAGAAGGGUUAUAAAAAGAGCAAAUACCAAGAAGGGUGAACAAGAGAAGAAAGUCAAGGCAAGGAGGAGCCCAAAGCUGGCAGAUCGGGAGGAUUUGCAGGGGAGAAGGGGGGGGAAGAUUGGAAAUGCAGCUCUGGAGUUUGCUGCUGCCUCUUGCGCUUCUCUGUACAGCCCUAGCCAGUGGACCCGAAUGUGGGAUGGACGAGCGCUCCCGCAGGGCAAGAAGGGACACCAGGCACAGCCGCCAGCUCCUCUACACUGCCCCGGGCACCUGUGCCACCAGGUUAGCCCGAGGAAGGCGCUCCACUGCUGGGCUGGAGCCUGGGCAUGUCCCCCGCAGGAGGCAACAGCGGGAGGUAAAGGACGAAGAGGAGUCCCUUACCCCGAGCAGGGCGCUCUAUUUCAGUGGACAAGGUGAUCAGCUGCGGCUGAAGGCAGAUAUUGAGCUGCCCCGAGAUGCCUUCACUUUGCAAGUGUGGCUGAAAGCUGAAGGAGGACAGAGAUCUCCGGCUGUCAUUGCAGGACUUUAUGACAAAUGUUCUUACACCUCCCGUGACCGAGGAUGGGUCCUGGGGAUUAACACCGUCAGUGACCAGGGGAAUAGAGACCCCCGCUAUUUCUUCUCCCUGAAGACGGACCGUGCUCGCAAAGUUACCACCAUUGCAGCACAUCGCAGCUACCUCCCCAACCAGUGGGUGCAUCUGGCUGCCACGUAUGAUGGGCACCUGAUGAAACUCUAUGUGAAUGGUGCCCAGGUAGCCACAAGUGGAGAGCAAGUGGGCAGCAUCUUCAGUCUUCUGACCUUGAAGUGCAAGGUGCUCAUGGUUGGAGGAAAUGCCCUGAACCAGAACUAUCGGGGCUAUGUAGAGCACUUCAGCCUCUGGAGGACAGCCCGGUCUCAGAAGGAGAUCUUGUUGGACAUGGGCCAGGCAAUUCACAGACAAGACACGCCUCUACCUCAGCUAGUUCUUCAAGACAGUUUACUGAAUGUGAAAAACACCUGGUCUCCCAUGAAGGAUGGCAGCAGUCCUCAGAACAAGUUCAGCUAUCAUCAUGGCUAUUUGCUGGAUACCAGCCUAGAGCCUCCUCUCUGCGGACAGACAGUCUGUGACAACACGGACGUCAUUGCCAGCUAUAACAAGCUCCCCAGCUUCCGCCGUAACAAAAUAGUUCGCUACCGUGUGGUAAACCUCUACGAUGACAAGCACCAGAACCCCACUGUCAGCCAGCAGCAGAUCGAGUUCCAGCAUCAGCAUUUAAAUGAGGCUUUCAGCCGCUACAACAUCACCUGGGAGCUGGAGGUGCUGGAGGUGAAGAACUCUUCCCUUCGCCACCGACUCAUCCUGGCCAACUGCGAUAUCAGCAAGAUCGGGGAUGAGAACUGUGAUCCCGAGUGCAACCACACCUUGACUGGCUACGACGGAGGAGACUGCCGACACGUGCGCCACACGCUCUUCAACAAGAAGAAGCAGAAUGGUGUGUGCGACAUGGAUUGUAAUUACGAGAGAUACAACUUUGAUGGUGGGGAAUGCUGUAACCCGGAGAUAACAGAAGUCACCAAGACUUGCUUUGACCCAUAUUCUCCUUACAGAGCAUACUUAGACGUCAAUGAACUGAAGAACAUACUCAAGCUGGAUGGAUCCACACACCUCAACAUCUUCUUUGCCAACUCCUCCGAGGAAGAGCUGGCUGGAGUGGCAACUUGGCCCUGGGACAAGGAAGCCUUGAUGCAUCUAGGUGGCAUCGUGCUGAAUCCUUCCUUCUAUGGGAUUCCUGGCCACACUCACACGAUGAUCCAUGAAAUCGGGCACAGCCUGGGGCUCUACCAUGUCUUCCGGGGGAUCUCAGAGAUCCUCUCCUGCAGCGAUCCAUGCAUGGAAACGGAGCCCUCCUUUGAGACCGGAGACCUCUGCAGUGACACCAACCCCGCUCCUAAGCACAAGCUGUGUGGGGAUCCGGGACCUGGCAACGAUACGUGUGGUUUUCACAGCUUCCUAAACACGCCCUUCAGUAACUUCAUGAGCUAUGCAGAUGAUGACUGCACCGACUCCUUCACGCCCAACCAAGUGGCCAGGAUGCACUGCUACUUGGACCUCGUCUACCAGAGCUGGCAGCCUGCGAAGAAGCCGGCUCCUAUUGCAAUUGCCCCCCAGAUUGUGGCUCGGACCUCCGCCUCUGUCACCCUGGAGUGGUUUCCACCCAUUGAUGGACACUUCUUUGAAAGAGAAGUGGGAUCAGCAUGUGAUCUGUGUGUGGAAGGAAGAGUCCUGGUGCAGUACGCCUUCAGCGCCUCCUCCCCGAUGCCCUGUGAUCCCUCGGGGCACUGGAGCCCGCGGGAAGCAGAAGGGCACCCUGACGUCGAGCAGCCUUGUAAAUCCAGCGUCCGAACGUGGAGUCCUAACUCGGCAGUCAACCAACACACGGUGCCCCCCGCCUGUCCCGAGCCGCAGGGCUGCUACCUGCAGCUGGAAUUUCGUUAUCCCCUGACUCCAGAGUCCCUCACGGUCUGGGUGACCUUUGUUUCUCCGGACUGGGACUCCAGCGGAGCAGUGAAUGACAUCAAGUUGCUCACUGUCAGCGGGAAGAACAUUUCUCUUGGGCCACAGAACGUCUUCUGCGACAUCCCAUUGACCAUAAAGCUGGAUGUGAGACAAGUGGGCGAGGAGGUGUACGGGAUCCAGAUCUACACACUGGACGAGCAUCUGGAAAUCGAUGCUGCCAUGCUGAGCUCUGUUCCCCACAGCACGCUGUGCACGGACUGCAAACCCAUCCAGUACAAAGUCAUUCGGGAUCCUCCUUUCCAGUCUGGAUCUCCGGUUGUCAUCUCAAACCUCAGCAGAAGAUUCGUUGACACGGAACUGAGCGACGGGACCACGUACACGUACCAGGUCGUCAUUGUUUCCGGGGCAGAGGAGAGCGAGCCUUCCCCCACGCUUGUGUAUAUCUCUGGAAGUGGAUACUGCGGAGACGGGAUUAUCCAAACAGACCUGGGGGAAGAAUGUGAUGACAUGAAUAAGAUCAACGGUGAUGGCUGCUCCCUAUUCUGCCUGCAGGAGUUAUCCUUUAAUUGCAUCGAUGAACCCAGCAGGUGCUAUUUCCACGAUGGUGAUGGAGUAUGUGAGGAAUUUGAGCAAAUGACCAGCAUCAAAGACUGUGGCGUUUACACUCCCAAAGGCUUCCUCGAUCAGUGGGCUUCCAACGUCUCCGUCUCACAUCACAGUGACCAGCAGUGUCCAGGAUGGGUGGUCAUCGGUCAGCCAGCAGCAACCCAGACAUGUCGAACGAAGGUGAUUGACUUGAACGAUGGCGUCUCUCAGUAUGCCUGGUAUCCCUGCACGGCCAACUUCCAGUACUCCCACAUGACACAGACCAUUUUCUGGCUGAAGGCUUAUUUUUCCCAGCCAAUGGUAGCUGCGGCAGUUCUCGUUCACUUGGUCACCGAUGGCACCUACUACCUGGAUCAGAAGCAGGAGACCAUUGGUGUGCAGCUGUUUGACACCAAAGAGCAAAGCCAUGAUCUCGGUGUCCACGUCCUGAGCUGCAGGAACAAUCCCCUGAUUAUCCCCGUCAUCCAUGACCUCAGUCACCCUUUUUAUCACACCCAGGCUGUCCUCAUUAGCUUCAGCUCCCAGUUUGUGGCCAUCUCUGGGGUGGCCCUGCGUUCCUUCCACAACUUCGACCCCAUCACCAUCAGCAGCUGCCAGCGAGGACAGACCUACAGCCCGGCGGAGCAGAGCUGUGUCCACUACUCCUGUGAAGCCACUGACUGCCAAAAGCUGGAGAUCGAGAACGCGCUGCUGAACUGCACCAGUGGCGGGUGGUAUGAUGGUGCCCAGUGCAACGUGAGCUGCAAGACAGGCUACAUUUUGCAAGUCCAGCGGGAUGAUGAUCUCAGCAAGAGCCAGACGGAGUCCAGCGUCACCAUGACCUGCACAGAUGGGAAGUGGAACAAGCAGGUCACCUGCGAGCCAGUGGACUGUGGCGUCCCAGACCAGUACCAUGUCUACCCAGCCACCUUCAACUGCAGCGAGGGGACCACCUUUGGCAAGAAAUGCUCCUUCACUUGCCGACCUCCUGCUCUUCUGAAAGGAAACAACAGCAACUUGACCUGCAUGGAGGAUGGGCUGUGGUCCUUUCCAGAAGCUCUGUGCGAGCUGAUGUGUCGAGCACCCUCCAUCGUCCCUAAUGCAGAUCUCCAGACGACUCGUUGCCGGGAAGAUAAGCACAAAGUGGGCUCAUUUUGCAAGUACAAAUGCAAACCGGGUUACCAUGUCCCUGGAUCCUCCAGAAAAGCAAGGAAGCGAGCCUUUAAGAUCCAGUGCACACAAGACGGCACAUGGCUGCCAGGUGCUUGCGUGCCUGUUACCUGUGACCCUCCACCAUCCAAGUUUCACGGGCUCUACCAGUGCUCCAACGGCUUCCAGUUCAACAGCGAGUGCAGGAUCAAGUGUGAAGAUGAUGACAAUCAGUCGGGCCGUGGAAGCAACGUGAUCCAUUGCCGGAAGGAUGGCACCUGGAGCGGCUCCUUUCAUCUCUGCAGGGAAAUGCAGGGCCAGUGCACCCUGCCCACACAGCUCAACAGCCACCUGAAGCUGCAGUGCUCCAGCGGCUACGGCAUAGGCGCGGAGUGUACCACCUCGUGUCUGGAUCACAGUCAUGAGCCCAUCCUCCUGCGUGUGAACGAGACUGUGCAAGACAUCCAACACUGGAUGAACCCUCAAAGAGUGAAGAGCGUUGUCUGCACGGCGGGACUCAAGUGGUACCCUCACCCUUCCCUGAUUCAUUGUGUCAAAGGCUGUGAGCCUUUCAUGGGGGACAACUACUGUGACUCCAUCAACAACCGAGCCUUCUGCAACUAUGAUGGUGGGGACUGCUGUGCCUCAACAGUCAAGACCAAAAAGGUUACUCCCUUCCCUAUGUCCUGUGACCUACAAGGAGAGUGUGCUUGCCGGGACCCCAACGCCCAGGAGCACAACCAGAAAGACCUCCGUGGCUUCAGUCUUGGGUAACGCCAAGUGACGUGGAAUGGAGGACCACACUGCUCAAGGCAGGCUAGGAGAGACACCACAUCCCUUUUGGUAUCGUUUUUAACAUUUAGCUGCUCAACUGGAUGGCAUUUCUGCACCAGGGACCCUUAGAAUUCAACCAGUCUGCCUUUAAUUUUUGUCCAAGGAGAACUCAAAGUAGGGGUUUAUGUAUUAACGAUAUCUUAAAUAGUGAUGACAAGAAACAAACAAGAGUCAAGUUGAGAAGACUUUCAUGUAUCAAAACAGCAUGUUAUGCCCACCUAAUUUGAACAGUUCAUAUCUAGAUUUAAGGCGAGAAACAAGCUAUUUAUGUACACAUAUUUAUAGAAAUAAGUAGAGAAAGAGAGAGAAAGAGUGAGAGAUUAUGAUCAACACAAAAACAAUUUCCCCUCUCCAGCACUCACAACUCAGACCGUUCAUGGAAGAGGCUGUGCUCUUGGAGGACUCCAGGCUGAGCCUUUUCUGAUGCUGAAUGCCAAGGUAUCUCAUGCUCGGGGCACUGAGGUUGGGGUGGGGUCUCCACAGGGCUGUGCCUUUGGCAAGUGACUUGCCAGACGCCCAGCCAGCUCGAGACGUGGGUUGCAUCUGCUCCUCACAGGAACGCUACUUCCAGCCAGGGAGCUCAGCAGACUGCAGUGGCCUUUCUGUACAGCUCCUCCUUCUCCCCCUGCCCUCAUAAAGCAAACAAAAAGCCCCUUUGUAGCCUGUCUGGAAGCCAUAAGGCUGCUGGGAUGUUUCUGUGUGGAGGCGGGCAGGUGGUCCCACAGUGGAGCCAGGGAAUGGGGAGUCUAAGGACUGGCAUUGAGGAAUGUGGAUGAUUGCUUCUGAGGAGCAGAGAGGGUAACUCGCCCCCGCACUUGUCAUUUGAGCAUGUCUGCUGCUGCUACUCCUGCUGCUAUGUCCCAUACAACUAGUUUCCUUACUGUGUCAGGACAGGGUGAAAACAACCCCAUGCAACCAAACAGUCUGCCUUAAAGCUUACCUACAACCUGCCUUUCAAAUCCUCUGGUCUCUUCCUCAGCAUUGGGGCAAGAAAACAGGACACCAGCCAGCCAAAGGAAUCUGCUUUUUGGUCUCCACCCACUCAAGGGGUUCUCUAAACCUCCUCCACCCCACUCUUAAGGUUCUAUCUGUCAAACAACUGCUAUGGGGAGACAGUAUUACAAUUUUGGCCAUAUUUGUCAGUAUUAAGCUUCCAGGCCUGUGGGUCAGACACCUUUGGUAGACCAGGAGCUUAGCUGCUUGUAAUCUUCCAGCAGGAAGGGCAUUAGCUGCAGCAGCCCUCAUACUUCCCUCUCUCAUAGCUCCGUCCUCCUGUUUCAGCCCUGAGGGGCCCACGUUGUGCCAGACUUCUGGGGACACGUUUCAUCGUAGGGUUCACCACGUUGAGUCACUGAGAUGCCCAGUGCAUCUAGUGCUGUCGCUGCUGCUACAACCCACCCCACAUAAAUCCCAGAGAUGUCUCCAGCGUGGCCUGAGCUUGUCUCCUGCUGCUUCGGGUUCCUGCUAGGAGGAGCACGUUUCCGAAAGGGUGUCCUCCCAGCUGUUAAUUCUGUCUGUUCCUUGGGACUGUCCUGACGUGUACAAUCUACUGGUUAAAGACAGGAUGGAAAGAUUUUUUCCUACUCUUGCUUGUUUGAAUAUUUAGGCACUACGGCAAGACAGAAAUGUAAGGGGAAUCAGUUAACUGAUGGAGAUGGAUGUAAAAAUAGGUAGGAAAACUGGAAACGGAAAAUUGACUGAGUUGUAGGUGCAAAGAGCCAGGCUAUUCUCAUCCACCCUUGGAGUUGUCUCUAUCGGAAUAAACCUGAGAUGAAUCUCAAAAACUGAAAUUUGGAAGCCUGGAGAGGUGCUUGGCAAAAGAAGGCGAGGAGCUCUCUGCUGGGAAGCUCCUGGUGAUGCCUGGAGGCGGCCUGGUGAUGGGUGCUGUGUGGAUGACUGUACCCACCAGGCAGGGCUGUAGGGGAAGGGAGGCGCAGUGGCAUCAGGGCUCCUUCCACAGAGUGAGGUCAAACAUCUGCCAGAGUGGAAAGCAUUAGCAAGAACUGGUCCUGGGCAAACUUCCCCUCGUGCCCCUUGCCCCCUGAUUAAUAAUGGACGUUUGUUUGUGAGAAGGUUGCUUACUUCUCUGCUGUUCAUCCUCCUCUUUUCUGUAGGCAGUUGGCUUCAGGUGCCACCCAGCCCAUCAGAAGAGCUAAAACCUCAAAAGCCUUUCAGGCUGCCAACUCAUCAGGUCCUCAGUGCCUGGGGCACUUGGCAGGAUCUGCCCCUCCCCGCCACCUGCAUUUCACCCUCGCAGGGAGCCCUGGUUCAGGUGCUGCAUGCAUCCUGAUGGCAGCUCAGUUUGCAAAGUCCCUUUCUCCGUUAUGCAGCUCAGCAUGGAGGAGGUUUUCCACCUGCUUUUCCCACCUAGAACAUCACCCAGGAGACAGGUUGGUGUUAGUAUUAGUGCCACUUGCUGCUGUGGGCUCCUGCGAGCUCAGGACCCUCUUGAGCAACUUUGCGUGGUCAGGGCCAGGCUCUGCUCGCAGAACUGGAGUCCUCCUCAGCUCAGAGGAGAUUGUGGCCUCUCCCAGCACGGUCUCACACCUCAGCUUCACUUCUGCAGUCCAGGAGUGACUGCUCAUGGCCGAGUCCCUUCCCCGCAGGGAGGCCUUCAACAUGCUGCUAUUUGCUUUUUCUUCCCAAUUGCCAUGUCAGCACUGGCCAUCUCCUCCAUGAACAGAAGUGCUGCUCUGAGUCUUAUUAAAUCCAGCGCCCUUUUUCAUCAGGGACAUUGCACUGAGGCAAAGCUUUGGCCUCUGUGUUUAGGGGCUGCACCAUGCUCCCAGGGGAGUGAGGAAGGAGGACCAUGGGGCACGGGUGCCUGCUCACCUCCUGUGCCUCUUCCCUGGGGCAGCUGGGUCCUUGCAGCAUCUACCCCCUGUAAGAGCCUUGAGUGCCUGGUGGAGUCCCUAGGGAAGACCCUCAAGUGAUGGACAUCGAGUGGGAGGUGAGAGGGAUGCUGCACAACCUCCCCCCAGGUGGUGGCAUAGGGCGAAAUCAAACAAGAAGCUUGAGGCAACACGAGAGGGUGCUCGUGCUGAUGCAAUUUAGCUGCUUAUGAAGUCCAGGUCACAUCAGUGCCAAGAGCAUCUCUGCCACAGACUGUGAGCCAAGGCUGCACCCACGGGGCCACCAGCCAGCCUCCUUGGCCACCGGUGGGCUCCGUGGCCAGCGGGAGGGCAAGCUGGAGCAGAAAGCGGUGAACGGUGUGGGAUGGGGUGGGAAACUCCUAUCAGCUGCUACCCCGCUCCCUCCCCACCCUCUCGCAGAUGGGCUGAGCUGGUGUCCUCCUGCUUUUCUUGCAUCUUCCGCUGUCCCCCCCCAGGCUGAGAAAGGAGGAUGGCACCAGAGGACUCUUGGAGUCGGGUUCCAGCUACCUCCCUUCCGGUUUCACUUGGUUGUAACUGUCGGUUUGUUCUAGGUUUUACCUGUGUUUAAGAAAAAAAAAAAAAAAGGACAAAAAAAAAGAGAGAAAAAAAAAAGAAAACCCAUUAGCCAACAAAAGUUUCUUGCUGCAACUGAUUCAAGUGGGAAAAAAAUACCAGUUGUGAGGCUUUACAGAGAGGAAGAAAAAUAAAAAAGAAAAAGAAAAAAAAAUAGAGAAAAGAAAACCCGCAUAAUCCAAAUCCAAGAAGAGCAAAGCCUAUUUUUGUGUGUUUGAAAGGAAAACACUGAUUCUGCCAGCUGAGUAGAGCUAGAUACUUAAGUGUAGAUUUCCCUAGAAGUACCGUGAGGUUUUAUAACAUUGUCUGGUUUUGUUUUCCUUGUACUUUGUGAUAAGUCCAGGAACUAAGGCUAAGGUAUUUUUCCCCUGGUAUAUUGUUGUUUGGGGGGGGGGGGCGGGGGGGUUUUUUUUUUUUUUCCAGAUUAUUUUUUUAAGUGUGUAUUUGUGCUUAUUUUUACAUUAUCCGACUGUACGUACGCAUUUAACCAGUAUUUCACUGUGCUCUAAUUACUGCACUCAGAAGCACUGCACAGUCUGAAUCCCGAAGAGCUGCGGGAGGGAGCGGGAGGGGAAGGAGCACGCUGCUGUGUCAGCAGGCAGGGGAUGGUCCCCAGCAGUGCAAGCAGGGUGCCAACAUCCCCUUCCCCAGCCUGUCGCUUCCAUUCGAGGCCAAGCUAGAAGACAGGAGGGCAUGGGGUCAACCAUGGCUGGGAUGCCCAAGGGGGUUUCAGAGCUGGAAGUUUGUUGUUUUAACGUUUUUGGAUGGCGUGGAGCUUGCCAGCCUUUUGGCCUCAUCCCUCCCUCCCCUGUCCAAUCCCUGGAUGCCCCAGUGUGAGCUGGUGGGCAUGGUCGUGUCACUGGGAGGGGACCCUGUGCCCAGCUUAGACAACACUCUUGAUACCUUCAUGGUUGUGGGCCCCGUUUUGGUCUUUGAGCUGAUGUCCUUCAUGUUUAUUCCAUGCCACCCGAUCAUCCAGGACAGGCCAUUUGCCACCAGGGACAGGCUCCUUUCCACUGGAGGCCCUUGACCACUGAGUUCAGUGGGAGCAUGACCAAGGCAGAGCAGGUCCAGGUGGCCCAAGAUGUAUUUUCUUGGCGCUACGGUUGAUUUGGACAGUCGGGGUUUGGUGUUGGGCUGCUCCUGCCACCUGGGGAACCGGUGUUGAAAACCCCUGGUGGCUUUAGCAGGAGCAAAGUGGGGCUUAAGGUUCUCUUUCAGUCUUAGUUUGGCAAACUGAUUUUUUUCCCUUUUCACCUGAUCUACACAUCCAAGAUUCAUUGAGAAGAAUAAUUGCUUCCUCUGAGGCCAGUAACAAGAGCUUGCGUUGGCUUCACGUGACAGAUGAGGAGUCUUGGUGCUACUUGUUGGUGUUGUUAGUCCUGUUAGGUCGAGAGGCAGAGCUAACGAGUCAGGAGUUGUCUUUGGUUCCCAUUCUGGUUUGGUCUUUUGGUUUUUCAUUCGUUCGGUGAGGCCACAAUCCAGCCACCAGUUUCCAUCUUCUGAGUGCAAAGAACCAGGGCUUUAACGAAACAUUUCACCAGCAAUUAAAGAGGGAAUUGGAACCAUUGCGGAGUUUGCAUUGUACGGCCUCUGUAAUUACGUACCUGUCUGCAGAUGAUAGGCUGAAUUUUGCUUCCAUCAAGUCAACAGGGGGGUUUUGUUGUUGUUGUUGACUUCACUGGGAGCAGGAUUGAGCCAUACUAUAUAUAUAAAUAUAUAUAUAAAUAUAUAUAUAUGAUAUAUAUAUAAUAUUAUAUGUGUAAUAUUAUAUAUAUAUAUCAAUGUAAUAUUUACAAAUAAAACUGUGAUCUCGUCUAGAGAAAAAUGUAUUCAUAUUACCAACUGCUCUUCCAUAUUUAUGUAUCAUAUUGUAUCUUUUUAUUAUUGUUAUAAUUAUUAUGAUUAUUAUGGUUAUUAUUAUUAUUAUUAUGGAAUCUUUCUUGGCACCUUUUGGAAGCCACGUCAACCAAUACUCCAAUGAAGUGCUGAGGAUCUAUUUUCACAAGAAUUCUACUGGUCUACUGUAUAAAAGAGAAAAGAAAAAAAAAAAAAAAAAAAAAAAGAAACAAGCAAAAUACAGUUCAACCCUUAAUUCUGUACCUCACGCCUGUACGUUUGCUGCUCCGAUUUUGGGUUUUAUUUUGCGUUCGUUUUUUUUUUUGUUUUAACGGAUCUAAUUUAAGUCUCCAAGCAAUAUAUAAAGAUGUAAAUAGUAAAGCUUAUUUAUUAAGAUUGUCAUCUUUUUUAAUUUAUAUUUACACAAUUGUUCAUCUAAUUUAUUUUUUUUUCAAUACAGUUUUUAACAGUUGUCCUUUUUUGGUUCAUGAGGUUUUUUAAAUCAUUUUCACAGAAUUUCUUUAUACAGGUCUUUUUCUUUCUUUUAAUAAACAACACCUUCCUCUGGUCUUUCAAAAACAGGUCAUGUUUCACUCAAAAAAAAGUUAUGUCAGAUUCAUCAGAAAUAUUUUGCCAUUGUUGAUUCCUAUACCCUAAAGUUCUAUAUUAUAUAAAUAUAUAAUACCUUGUAUGCUUAAAUAUUUAACUGUGUGAUUUUGUAUAUAUCUUCAUACACAUGCUCACACACAUAUGAGGGUUAAUGUCCCCAAAUGUUGGGAGAACAGAGAAUCAGAAACACAAACAAUAUAAGCUUGUAUUAAAGAGUUCUGAACUGGA